UAGAGAUUAUAGCGUUCUUAUUUCUAGAAUAUUCGUUCAUUGAUAUAUAAAAUGGGUCCAAGAAAUGCUCUGGAUUCAAAACCCAGGACACGAUAAUUCGGAUCGAUUCGGAUAUAAUAUUGAAAGACGGUGUACGUAUAGUGAUAUACCAGAAACAGCGAUCACAGGAAAUCGGAAAUCAACCAGGAACGACGUAACCAAUAUCCUCAAAGCACUUCUCGAGUGAAAGCGAAACAAGAAACAUGGCAGAAAAAAUCAGUUGGAUACCGCUAGAGUCAAACCCGGACGUUUUGAACAAGUACAUUCACAAUUUGGGUGUAUCCGAAGAAUGGCAGUUUGCGGAUGUCUUUGGCUUGGAGGAUGAAUUGUUGCUAAUGGUCCCCAGGCCCGUGGCUGCUGUGGUUCUCUUGUAUCCAAUCACGGAGAAGUCUGAGGCAACACGUAUUGGUGAAUACAAAACAGAUUCUGGCCUGUAUUUUGUGAAACAGACAAUCAGAAAUGCUUGUGGUACUAUAGCAAUUGUACAUGCACUUGCCAAUAAUGAGAAAAAUAUAACUUUCAAAGAUGACAAAUAUUUUACCAAGUUCCUCAAAAACACUGCCAAUAUGACAGCUGAUGAGAGAGCAGAGUUUCUACAAGCUGACCAGGACAUGGGAUUGGCUCAUGAUGACACAGCACAAGAAGGACAGACUAAGGCCCCGCCAAGUGACUCUAAAGUCAACACCCACUUUGUUUCAUUUGUGUGCAAAGAUGGAGGACUGUACCAACUCAAUGGCCGAGAUGAAGCACCUGUUUACCAUGGACCAACUUCUCAGGACACAUUGUUAGAGGAUGCUGCAAAAGUGGUUAAAGAGUUUAUGGCGAGAGAUCCGGAGGAGCUUAACUUUACGCUGAUGGCCCUGAGCAAAGCUUAGUGAAAAAUUCAUGCUCAUUUGGCCAAGAUUCGAUAAUCGUCAAGCUGGCUUAAUUGGUGCACCAGUACUCCACAAGAACUAUAUGUAUUAAGAUCUCUCAUCUGAAGUAUUUUUUGCUUGACACGUGGGGCCCUAACUCUGCUUUCUGUGAUCCAGUCAUCUUUGUCAGUGCCGUUAUUGUGAAAUGCAAAUAAACGUUCAAUGUUUGUUAACUUUGUAUUGAUGUAAAUAAGUUCCAACAAUUUAUUGUACAUGUAGUUUACUUCAAGUAUUCAGGACUUUCAGCAUUGCAAUAUAUCAAAAUAGUUUUACAUGUACAGAUUUGUUAUAUUUUGUGGUUUAAAGAAUCAUAACAAUGUUUCUUUACAAUUUGCUUUCUUUCGGUAGUAUAUCUGACUACAAACAAGAUAUAAUUGACUGACAGUAUCCUUGGGGAAUUUCAUGUUGCAAUACCAUCCUGGUACAGAGGCAAUGGCUGCUUGAUUCUUGUCUGCACUGUGAAAUGCUAUAAGCCUUUGAUUGUCACAAUAAAGUUAAAUGUGUUUCAUGGAA